UUGACUCCUCAACCGUCCCCCCGGGCUCCCUGCGUCGGCGGCGUCGCGGGCAGUGAGUUCGCCGGAACCAGGAUUCCCCGGCUCCACCGCAACCACCCCAGGCCCUGUCUCCUGGCGAUGAGGCUCUUGCCAGGGCACCUCUGCAGAGCUUGAGGAAGGAGCAGGGAAGUCUUGGAGAUUCCCUUCACCGCCAGCUGGGAGAAGGCUGGGAGGCCUCAGGGAGUGCCUGGAAGGAGACCUGAUUGCCGCGAAAUUGCGGGCGCCUGCUGGCAGAGGCUUGAACCCAGUGAGAGACGCACAGUUGGGCCUGGGCCCGGCGGCAGGAGGUAACCCGGCGGCAGGAGGUAACCCGGUGCCCGGCCCUCCCCAGCCCGGAGCUCGGGGAGGGGAAGACCAUGGCCGGCCUCUUCAGUCCUCGGCCGCCCCCCAGCGAAGACCUCUUCUACGAGACCUACUACAGCCUAAGCCAGCAGUACCCGCUGCUGCUACUGCUGCUGGUAAUCGUGCUCUGCGCGCUGGUGGCGCUGUUCGCCGUCUCCUGGGCCAGCGGCAGGGAGCUGGCCUCUGACCCGGGCUUCCUGACCACCGUGGUGUGCGCACUGGGCGGCUUCUCGCUGCUGCUGGGGCUGGCUUCCUGCGAGCAGCGACUGCAGCGCUGGACGCGUCCCCUGUCUGGCCUGGUGUGGGCCGCGCUGCUUGCGCUAGGCCACGGCUUCCUAUUCACCGGGGGCGUGGUCAGUGCUUGGGACCAGGUGUCCUUCUUUCUCUUCGUUAUCUUCACGGUGUACGCCAUGUUGCCCCUGGGUAUGCGGGACGCCGCCGCCGCGGGCCUCGUCUCCUCACUCUCUCACCUGCUUGCCCUUGGACUGUACCUUGGGCCCCAGCCAGACUCACGGCCAGCGCUGCUGCCCCAGCUAGUGGCAAAUGCGGUGCUGUUCCUGUGCGGGAACGUGGCUGGAGCGUACCACAAGGCGCUGAUGGAGCGCGCGCUGCGUGCCACGUUCCGGGAGGCGCUCAGCUCCCUACACUCACGCCGGCGGCUGGACACCGAGAAGAAGCACCAGGAACACCUUCUCUUGUCCAUCCUUCCUGCCUACCUGGCCCGAGAGAUGAAGGCAGAGAUCAUGGCCCGGCUGCAGGCUGGACAGGGGUCACGGCCUGAGAGCACCAACAAUUUCCACAGCCUCUAUGUCAAGAGGCACCAGGGAGUCAGCGUGCUGUAUGCGGACAUAGUGGGCUUCACACGACUAGCCAGCGAGUGCUCCCCCAAGGAGCUGGUGCUCAUGCUCAAUGAACUCUUUGGCAAGUUCGACCAGAUUGCCAAGGAGCAUGAGUGCAUGCGGAUCAAGAUUCUGGGAGACUGUUACUACUGUGUCUCUGGGUUGCCCCUCUCCUUGCCAGACCAUGCCAUCAACUGUGUGCGCAUGGGGCUGGACAUGUGCCGGGCCAUCAGGAAACUUCGGGCAGCCACCGGCGUGGACAUCAACAUGCGUGUGGGCGUGCACUCGGGCAGUGUGCUCUGUGGAGUCAUUGGCUUGCAGAAAUGGCAAUAUGAUGUCUGGUCCCAUGAUGUCACCCUGGCCAACCACAUGGAGGCAGGCGGUGUGCCAGGACGAGUGCACAUCACAGGGGCCACCCUGGCCCUGCUGGCAGGGGCUUAUGCUGUGGAGGAUGCAGCCAUGGAACACCGGGACCCAUACCUUCGGGAGCUAGGGGAGCCUACCUACCUGGUCAUCGAUCCCCGGGCUGAGGAGGAUGAGAAGGGCACUGCAGGAGGGUUGUUGUCCUCUCUGGAGGGCCCCAAGAUGCGUCCAUCACUGCUGAUGACCCGCUAUCUGGAGUCCUGGGGUGCAGCCAAGCCUUUUGCUCACCUGAGCCACAUAGACAGCCCUGUAUCCACCUCCACCCCUCUCCCGGAGAAGGCCCUAGCUUCCUUCAGCCCCCAGUGGAGCCUGGACCGGAGCCGUACCCCCCGGGGACUAGAUGAUGAACUAGACACUGGGGAUGCCAAGUUCUUCCAGGUCAUCGAGCAGCUCAACUCUCAGAAACAGUGGAAACAAUCGAAGGAUUUCAACCCACUGACACUGUACUUCAGAAAGAAGGAGAUGGAGAAGGAGUACCGGCUCUCUGCACUCCCCGCCUUCAAAUACUAUGCAGCCUGCACCUUCCUGGUUUUUCUCUCCAAUUUCAUCAUCCAGAUGCUGGUGACAAACAGGCCUCCAGCUCUGGCCAUCACCUAUAGCAUCACCUUCCUCCUCUUCCUCCUCCUCCUCUUUGUCUGCUUCUCAGAGCACCUGACGAGGUGUGUCCUGAAAGGCCCCAAGAUGCUGCACUGGCUGCCUGCACUGUCUGGCCUGGUGGCCACGCGGCCCGGCUUGCGAGUCGCCCUGGGCACCGCCACCAUUCUCCUGGUCUUCGUCAUGGCCAUUACCAGUCUGUUCCUCUUACCAGCAUCAUCCAACUGCCCUUUCCGGGCUGCCAAUGUGUCCGCCAUGGCUUUCAACCUCUCCUGGGAGCUUCCUGGGUCCUUGCCUCUCAUCAGUGUCCCGUACUCCAUGCACUGCUGUGUUCUGGGUUUCCUCUCCUGCUCCCUUUUCCUACACAUGAGCUUCGAAUUGAAGCUGCUCCUGCUCCUGCUGUGGCUGGCAGCCUCCUGCUCCCUCUUCCUGCACUCCCAUGCCUGGCUGUCUGACUGCCUCAUCGCCCGCCUCUAUAUGGGUUCCUUGGACUCCAGGCCAGGGGUGCUGAAGGAGCCCAAACUGAUGGGAGUCAUCUCUUUCUUCAUCUUUUUCUUCACCCUCCUCGUCCUGGCUCGGCAGAAUGAGUAUUACUGCCGCCUGGACUUCCUGUGGAAGAAGAAGCUGAGGCAGGAGAGAGAAGAGACAGAGACAAUGGAGAACCUUACUCGGCUGCUCUUGGAGAAUGUGCUCCCUGCACACGUGGCCCCCCAGUUCAUUGGCCAAAACCGGCGCAAUGAGGACCUCUACCACCAGUCCUAUGAGUGUGUUUGUGUCCUCUUCGCCUCAGUCCCGGACUUCAAGGAGUUUUACUCUGAAUCCAACAUCAACCACGAGGGGCUGGAGUGUCUGCGACUGCUCAACGAGAUAAUUGCUGAUUUUGAUGAGCUGCUCUCCAAGCCCAAGUUCAGUGGGGUAGAGAAAAUCAAAACCAUCGGCAGCACCUACAUGGCAGCCACAGGUUUAAAUGCCACCUCUGGACAGGAUGCACAGCAGGAUGCUGAACGAAGUUGCAGCCACCUUGGCACCAUGGUGGAAUUUGCAGUGGCUCUGGGGUGUAAACUGGAUGUCAUCAACAAGCACUCAUUCAACAACUUCCGCCUGCGUGUGGGGUUGAACCAUGGACCAGUAGUGGCUGGUGUGAUUGGAGCCCAAAAGCCACAAUAUGACAUCUGGGGCAACACAGUGAAUGUGGCCAGCCGCAUGGAGAGUACAGGGGUCCUGGGCAAGAUCCAAGUGACUGAGGAGACAGCCCGGGCCCUGCAAUCCCUGGGCUAUACCUGCUACAGGCGGGGCAUCAUCAAAGUCAAAGGCAAAGGGCAGCUUUGCACAUACUUUCUGAACACAGACUUAACACGCGCUGGACCCCCCUCAGCCACCCUAGGCUAAGACCUUCCACUCCCCUCCUCUCCACUCCUGAGAUCUUCAAUAAAGAGAUUCUGGUGUGUCUGGAGCCAGUUGAUGCCAGAAGCUUCUGGUAGAGCUGGGGAUUGCCUUCUUGUCCCUCAGUAGGACAGCUUCUUCGAGACCAAACUGAGUGUUUCUGCGUGUGAGUGUGCAGGCAUGAGCAUGGGUGAGCCUGAGUGUGUUGGAAGGGGGUGAUUCUGUUUGCAAGCUCAGGAAGAGGGCUGCCUCACCCUGUCUGCCUGCCAGCCAACCUGAUUUCAGUAUUUUGU